AUGGGUAAAGCAGAAGCAGGCUCAGCGAAAGCUAUAGGAAAUGCUAUCAAGGCGAAGGGCCUCGGUAGAUUGAGAUGGUACUGUCAAGUAUGUGAGAAGCAAUGUAGAGACGAGAAUGGAUUUCAGGCGCAUUGUCGGUCCGAACCUCACAUGCGUAAAAUCCUUCUGUUAGGUCCCAAAGCUGGAGCAGCCAUUAACGAUUUCUCUCAACAAUUCCAAUCUGAAUUCCUCCUUCUGCUGCGAACACGACAUCAAACUAAUAGAGUAAGAGCCAAUGCAGUGUAUAAUGAAUAUAUCCAAGAUAAACAUCAUAUCCACAUGAAUUCAACUAGAUGGGUUACAUUAAGUGGUUUUAUACAGACGUUGGGGAAAGAAGGAAUCGUUCAUGUGGAUGAGGAUGACAAAGGGUUGUGGAUUACUUGGGUUGAUACGAGGCCUGAAACGCUGGCUAGGCAGGCCGCUGCACAAAAGAAAGAUCGAGCUACGAUGGAUGGCGAAGAAAGAGAACGUAAAAUGUUAGAAGAACAGAUAUCCCGUGCGAAAUUACAACUUGAAGCCAACGGCCAAGGGGAUCAAUCGAAAGGAUUGGAAAAGAAAGAAGGUGAAAAGAUUAGCUUGAAUUUAUUUGGCAACAACACUCCACUCCAGCGACAAGACAGUGGAGAUGGAGAUAAAGACAAUACAAAUGGAGAAGAGAAGAAAGUAGAAGUACAAGUAUCAACGAAACCUUCAGGCUUUACUACAUUCUCCACUUCCUCUUCUACCAAGCCAAUAACGGUCAACCCCUUGAAGAGACCUGUUCCGAUGAAUGUUUUCAAAUCUGCCAAACAACCCAAAACCGAAUCGAGGGAAGAUGGACAAGGAGGAAAGAAGACGAUGAGCGAAGUUGAAAGGUUGAUGAAAGAGGAUCAAGCUAGGAAGAGUAGUAAACCUAUGGGAUAUAGGGGUAUGGGUCCUUCGAGAGGUGGUAGAUAG